AUGGCACGAUCCCUCCCGCAGGACUGCGUCAAUGCCUGGCACGUGGGCUUCCUCGCUGCAGUGGAGCGACUGUACCGGAAGGAUAUCCAGGAGGAAAAGGAAGACGCGCACACCGCACGCCAGGCGCUCUUCGGUGUGGCGAGGACUCUAUUCCUGAUGUUGACCCCGACAUCGUGCCCCGAGCGGCGGCACUGCGCACAGGCGCGAUGCGACUCCUGCCCACUCUUCGACAGGCCUGCACGCGCCCUGCGGAUCACAAGUAACUCCCUUUGUGUGUCGGUGGCGCCGUCCCUCCCUCACUGCGGUGACCGGCCCGCCUCCGCCUCCGCCGGAACCUCUUCCCGAAGUGAGCGCCACAAAUUUUUGCCGACAAGCGUGCGACGGAAUGACGUCCUCCUGCACAAAGUGCGGCAGAGUGCGCUCGUCCAUCCACAGUAUGAGGGCACAUGCCGGACGUGCUCAGCCUGGCGUUAUAAUAGUUUGAGAGGGCCUCCCAUGCGGAUGCCACAAUGGCGCCACCAUCUUCUUAACAGGUGCCUCGCGCGCGGGAAACACAAACGCGGGCACGCAGGAUGGAGCAGUCCCUUCCGCCACCGCUUCAUUACAGACGCCACGGGCUGCGAAUCCCACGGCAAACCACGGGAGAAUCCGCCUCAUCCACUGUGGGAAUGCCCCGUCAUUGAGAGUGAGGACUGCGACUGUUUGGAACUUCCCCAGCAUGCACGACGGCCCGUAUGA